AUGGACCAGGCUAGGAAGGAAUACUGGUUGGCUAACAAAGUGGCUGAGAGAGGAGAUGCAAUAGCAAAGAAGAAGGCAUCACAGGUACGAUACCAGCUUCUGGAAAGUGACUCAGUAAAUGGAACAAAGGAACUGUAUCAGGUUCCAAGGUAUUUUUUGUGUGUGAAUAUGUCAUCUACAAGAAAAAGGAACCGCAAUGUUUUACCUAUUGAAACAAAAAUUCAGAUUAUCACUAGCCUAGAAAAGGGUGAAACUGGAUCAUCUAUUGCGAAGAUUUUCAAUGUUGGGAAGGCUACAAUCUCUGAUAUUAAAAGUAAAGAAGAUAUAAUUUUGAAGUUUGCAUCAAAUUUGGACAGUGAACAUGGGUCAAAAAGAAGAAAAGCCAUGAAAAACCCGAAAGACAAAAAAAUUAGAAGAGGCUAUGUAUUUGUGGCUAGCGGAGGCUGGUUAAAGAACUUUAAAUCUCGUCAUGGCAUACGAGAAUUAGAGGUUCCAGGGGAAUCUUUAUCUGGUGAUACGCCUGCCGCUCAAAAAUUUAAAGAAACAUUCUUGGCCCUUUUGGGAAAAGAAGGCUAUUCACCUGAUGAUGUGUAUAAUGCUGAUGAAACUGGUUUAUACUGGAAAUCAUUGCCCCAUAAAUCACUUGCAUCUAAUCGAGAAACAGCGGCUCCUGAUUUUAAAGUCAGCAAAGAGCGAGUAACAGUUAUGGCAACUGCAAAUGCCAAUGGCAGCCAUCUCUUACCCCCACUAAUGAUUGGCAAAGCCAAAAAUCCCCGAUGUUUCAAAAAUGUGACAUGUCUCCCACUGUGCUACAGAGCACAGAAGAGUGCUUGGAUGAAUUGUGAAAUAUUUCUUGAUUGGUAUACAAAUGAGUUCAUCUCAAAUGUAAAGAAGUUCAGACAGAAAGAAAAGAAAACUGGAAAAGUACUUCUUCUGCUGGAUAAUGCACCAUCACGUCCAGGAGUGGAGAAAUUGAAUGCAGUUGAUGAAAAUUUUGACGUGAUUUUUUUGCCUCCAAAUGUAACAACAUUGAUUCAACCAAUGGAUCAAGGUGUUAAAGAAAAGCUUAAAAAGUUGUAUAAGAAGCAAGUCCUACGUUGUUUAUUAUUGGCAGAAGAUGAGGAAAGUGUGGUGGCCUUUUCAAAAAGACUUAAUCUUAAAGAUCGUUGUUAUAUGGUGGCUGAUGCUUGGAACACAUUCUCACAAGAUAAUAUUAAAAAGCCUUGGAAUAGACUGCUGGGUGAAAGAGGAGAAACUGAGACAACUGAUGUGGAUGCCAGUGAGGACCUAAAUGAAAUUGUUGACAUGUUUCAGGCAAUCCCAGGAUUUUCCAGCUAUGACAAAGAUGAUGCACAAAUGUGGUUAGAAAACGACAACGAUCCUGGCUUUCAAAUUUUGAAUGAUGAUGAAAUUGUGUCAUUCAUGCAAGAAGAAGAAAAGGCAGUAACCGACGAUGAAGAAGCUGAAUGUGAGGAUGGUGAAGAAAGCAGAAAAAGUGGACCAAGUCAUGAAGAGGCUUUUACAGCAUUGAAAACUGCAAUGUCCAGGUACGAGCAACAAGAGGAAAGCUGUCCUACUCACCUUCUGCUGUUGAAGAGAAUGUGUGAUUUAACUGCCAAGAAAACACUGUCGAAUUUAAUUCAAAAACCAAUUCAUGAUUAUUUUUUGUAG